UUCCGUCUUCACGUUCCGCCAUUUUGCUCGGUCGCAUAGGGAGUGAACUUAGAUUUUUUCCAUGUAUUGUAACGUGGAUAUUUAUUAUUUAGUGUAAAAUUAGUGUUAGGAGACACUAAUGGCUUGCUUGAACACACUUAAGUUAGAAAUCAAAACAUUAGAACAAGUGUUUCCAAAGAACCAUGAGCGGUUUCAGAUAAUGUCAGCUAGUGUCGACGAACUGACCUGCAGAUUCGUUGGCAGAAAUGGAAAGAAAUAUGAGAUACACGCUAACAUUACAGAGACAUACCCCAACACACCACCAGUGUGGUUCGCAGACAGUGAAGAUCUCAUUGUGACAAAUGCAGUGCAGAUCCUCAGCAAUACGCAAGGAAGAGACAAUCAUGUCAUAAAUCAGGUUGGGAUAUUGUUAAGAGAGCUAUGCAAGUUACACGGCGUACCAGAGCCUCCAGAUCUGGACUCCCUCACUAUACCUAUGCACCCUUUCCCCCAGCAGAGGUUGCCGAGUGUGACGUCCAAUGGUGCCGAAUCAGGCACAGAGGAAGACGAGGAAAUGGCAGCAGAAGAUGAUGAAUCAGAAGGAGAAGAUGACUUGCCACUAGAGAUGGUUGAAGAUGCGGGACGAAGCAACAAAGAUGAUAUGGAAACGGAACACUUAGCGACACUAGAGAGACUCCGACAGAACCAACGGCAAGACUAUUUGUCCGGCAGUGUCUCGGGCAGCCUACAAGCCACAGACCGUCUCAUGAAAGAGUUGCGGGACAUAUAUCGCUCACAUUCCUUCAAGAGCAAUAUGUAUUCCAUUGAGCUCGUGAACGACUCCCUGUACGAGUGGAACAUCCGGCUGCGCUCCGUGGACCCGGACAGCCCGCUGCACAACGACCUGCUGCUGCUGAAAGAGAAGGAGGGCAAGGACUCCAUCCUGCUCAACAUCAUGUUCAAGGAGACGUACCCGUUCGAGCCGCCGUUCGUGCGUGUCGUCUAUCCCAUUAUAUCUGGAGGCUACGUGCUGGUCGGCGGCGCGAUAUGCAUGGAGCUGCUGACGAAGCAGGGCUGGUCGUCGGCGUACACGGUGGAGGCGGUGAUCAUGCAGAUCGCGGCCACGCUGGUGAAGGGCAAGGCGCGCAUCCAGUUCGGCGCCACCAAGGUCGUGUCGCAGACGCAGUACUCGCUGGCGCGCGCGCAGCAGAGCUUCAAGUGCCUAGUGCAGAUACACGAGAAGAACGGCUGGUUCACACCGCCCAAGGAGGAUGGGUAAUGCUGGCUCUCGCUGCCAUCCUUAGACUAUCGUGCAACAAACACUAACGCCCUCAACAACAAAGGACGCCUACAAAUUUGAAGUGAAUCGACGAGAUAGCGUGAUGAUAGUUUAAAUUUAAUUCGAAUGUUUCCAAUGAGUAAGUUACUCGCCGGUCCCGUGUAUUGUGUUUCGUAUGACUGAGCUGAACUGACGUUUCGAGAGAUUAUCUCAAGUAUUGUACAUGUCCUUAAUCGAUAUAUGUUAAGUGCUAUUAAUGUUCUGAGUGCGGCGGGCGUUGACGAGAGACAAUUAUAAGACUUAUAGGAAAUGUUUAAUGUGUAACGUUUUUUGUAAUCAUUCAUUUCUCAUCAAAAAGUUAUCCAUAUGGUUAGCCCUAGACGUUACAGGAGUGUAAAGUUAAGAAAUUCUUUGCAUUUCUUUUUUAGUUACUGAAAUAAAAACCUGUGAUUCUUAUAAA